UAGUCCAAAUUUCAUCAGUAUUCUUUCUAUUUUUCAGAGGGCUAGAUCUUUUUGGGUAACCUACAAUGAAAGUCACUGUGCCAGAAAUUUCUUUUCACAAUCGUGAUCCUGUCUUGAGUGUGGAUGUGCAGCACAACUCUCCUGAUGAUGUCAUUCGCAUGGCAACCGGGGGAACUGACACCCAUGUUAUUGUGUGGCAGUUGAAUCCUUUACCAACUGGAGGCGUUGGUGUUGAGGUGUUGUGUGAUCUUGUCCGCCAUAACCGCUCAGUCAAUGCUGUGAGGUUCUCUCCUGAUGGGACGCUUCUUGCUUCUGCUGAUGAUGAGGCGGCAAUUAUUGUAUGGAAGAAGCAAGAAGCAUAUAGCAGUGCAGCUCCUGACCUGUUUGCUUCUGAAGGCGAAGAGCGUAAUAAGGAGAACUGGACAAUCUAUAAGAUGCUACGCGGCCACAUAGAAGAUGUCUAUGAUCUCAGCUGGAGCAGCUGUAGCAACUUCCUUAUUUCUGGCAGCAUAGAUAACUCAGCAAUUAUGUGGGAUGUUCACAAAGCUAAAAAUAUUGGGUUACUGAAGGAGCACAAAAAUUUUGUGCAAGGAGUUGCUUGGGACCCUCUUGGUCAAUUUGUGGCAACUCUGAGCAGUGACAGAGUGCUGCGCUGGUUCUCAGUCUCUACCAAACGAGCCCUGCACCGUGUCAGUAAAGCUGAGCUUCCGGUCACAUUGAGCUCUUCUAACACCUCUACUAUUAAUACGCGUUUGUUUUUCGACGACACUCUGAAGUCGUUUUGCCGGCGCCUCGCCUUCUCCCCUGACGGGAUGCUGCUCGCCGCCCCUGCAGGCAUCCUGGAGGGCGAGCAGCUGGGGCCUCGCUUCCUCAACGCUGUGCAUGUCUUCACUAGACUUUCACCUGACAAGCCUGCAAUUUAUUUGCCAACUCGGGACAAAUACUCCUUGGCUGUGCGAUUCUGUCCUUUGUUGUUCAAGCUGCGAGCUGGGCGGAAAAAGUCACCCUACCACGGGCAGUCGGUGUUUGCACUGCCGUACCGGAUGGUGUUUGCAGUGGCAUGUCAGAAUUCCGUGCUGCUCUACGACACCCAGCAACUCAUGCCCUUUGCUAUGGUCUCAAACAUGCACAUCACACGACUCACUGAUCUCUCUUGGUCUAGCGAUGGGCGUAUCUUGGCAAUAUCCUCAACUGACGGUUACUGCUCCAUCACAUACUUCAACGAGGGCGAGCUUGGUGAAGUCUACUCACCAAAUCCUGAAGCUCGAUGUACCCCUCUAAAAAAGAAUGUAUUAAACGACUCCAACUCUCUUCCUACACCUAAAGAAGAAGGCUGCUUAGAAGACAACAUUGUCGAUGAGAAAUGCAUCGAAGAAACAAAAAACAAAAAAUUGCCUGGAGAAAAGACAAAUGUUAGUUCUCUAAAUGUUGAAAAAGAAGAAAAUGCCCUCGUUGUUAGUAAAACUGAACUAGGAUUGGAAGAUAAUGUUAAAAUCGUCAAUUUGACCCUCGAGAAAGAAAACAAAGUGGAUGCAUCUAAUGUGUCCAUAAGUGAAAAAAACAAGUCCCGUGUGUCAGUUUUAACGGCUAAAAAAGGACAUAAAAAUGCUACCACCUCUCCGAGUAAGAAUAAAUUUUGUGCAGAACUCGCCAGAGAUUCCAUGCCUGAAAACGACGAGCCUCGCACAUCAUCACAAGAAAAUUGUAAUGCAGUUCCACUUAAUAAUGAAAAGGACGUCCAAAGAGAAGAUAAAGAUACAAUCGAAAGCGAUGACUGUGAAAGCAUCGGUUCCAAAGACAGCGAAUCAGACGAGGACGAUGAUGAUAUUUCUUUGAUGAGUUGUGACACAGAUGAUGACGCCAAAGAAAAGCUCUCGGAUGAAGACAUGGAAGCCACUGAAAUAGUGUUUAGCAACAUCAAAAACUGUGAGAGCGAAAGCCUCGCUCCUAAUGCUGGAAAUAUGGAUGGAUCAAAAUGUGUAAAAAAGCCAACAACAGUAACAGGAAGUUCUUCAGAUGAAGGAGAGAAUGUUGAAUCUAAAACACAAAAGGAGAAACCGUGCCCGGCAUCUGUGAAGCCUGGCAAUGCUCGCAGAGUGAAUCUCAUCACUAUUAAACGUAAUCCUAAGGAGAGUAGUUCAAACAAUUCUACAUCUAGUACCGGCGCCUCUGCUGGUGCACGGCCUCCGCGGCGCGUCGCUCUGGUCAGUCUUCCCAGCUCCUCAAAAAAACAAGCUUCUGGGAACUUGUCGUCCACAGCUGCUGAUAGUUUCACCAAACCGACUACUUCAGUGGCUAUCUCUGACAACACCUCUGAUCUGUGCUUGAUGCUUGAAGACGAGUCUACAGCUUAUAACCCUGCUGAGGAACCUAGGAACUCUAAGAGUUCAGGGACCGCCGAUACUAAGACAAAAAUCGAUCUGCACUCAGCCUUGAUGAGCAGCGUCGAAAAAAACGGAGACCGAGGUGAUCUAGGCAGUAAAUCUAGCGGUGAUGCAUGCUUGCCCCCGAAUCAAAAUGAAGAAGUAAAAGCAAUUUCGUCGUGCAAUUCAACUCUCAAUGACACGACUACUAGUGAUGUCAAGGAAUCGCCUGGUCAAGAAAUCUCAAAAUCCAUUACCACCACUUCCCCUGUUGAUGCUUCUUCAGUGCCGGCAGAUGGUGGGACUCAACCUCCUGCAGCGGCCCCUGCAAUAAGCGCUACCAAGACCACUCCUCGUACCCCACGCAGGGUCUCGCUAAUAACUUUAUCGAGCCCUAAGGCGAAAAAAUGCUUGAACCCUGAUAGGAACAAACCUGUUUGAGUUUGAUGGACUUCAUGAAUUUCUAAUUGAUUGGCUAACCAAAAGUUAGGAAGUAUGUUGACCUAUGCCAUACAUUUUAACUAAAUUUCCACAACUUGAACUAGGUUUGUACUUAUUGUGUUUCCGUUAUGGAUAGCAUCCAACUUUUAAGUGUAUACUGAAAUUCAUUGAUUUAUAUUUCAUGGCUGCAUCAGGUUAUUUGAGAAUUUAUUUAUCUCAAUUAAUUUAUACCAAUUUUUUUAAAGCUUGAGUCGCUAUUAAGCACUUCCGACUAGUCUUGCAUUCGUCCGACUGUAGAUAAACUGAAAGCCUGGUUAUAUAAUCCCGGAGGUCGUUAAUUUUCAAACUAUUGUACUGGACAUCUAGAAUGAUCUGUUUUCCAAUUUAUUUGCAAUAAUGUCUUGAAUUUUUUUCGUUCUCUGUUAUCUAAGUAGCAGUCGUGUAUGUAAUCAUGUCAUGCGAUCAACUUAGAAGAUACUUUGUUGUUCUAGGGGCACUGCAGCUCUUCACCUGAAUUGCUCUUCUUGAGAAAUAUGUCUUGAGCCAUUAUCAUCAUGGAGUUACUAUGUUUCCAUGCAUUAAGCAUCGAUAGUGAACAACGCGUUGUAAUUGAUUGUGAUCAGUGUAGACAAGGUCAGUUCAAACCAGCUUCGUUGCUCGUGGAUUCUUAUGUUUAUACAGUUCGUCUACUUCAUGUGUAUUUAGCUUCUAUAUUAUUUUAUGGGUUUUACACACGCUCUACUUGUAAUUGAUACUCGCACAGAUUUUAUAAUGUCUUGAAGUAUCUAUGAUGUGAAGAGGACUUUUUUAAUCUUAUAACAUCUAGAUUUCAUCCAGCGGAAAACUAUUCAUUAAGAUUAAUUGAUUGCUUGCGUCGCAAAUAGGAAACUACCUACUUCAAAAUGAAAAAAAUAUCAAAGUACCGCACGUUUUUAGGCAAAUAAAAUAUUUAUCGCAUUUGACUUGAAAGAAGAACAUUAACAUACAUGAAAUACGGCGAGAAAAUGGCAUAUGCCCGUCUAGUUUUUUUUUUUU